AUGACACCAUCAGGCCUUCGACCACCAUUGAAGAGUGGCGAUACAGCCCCACAGCACACGCUUCACGACAUAUGUGAAUGUAUAAAUUGCUUAUCUAAGUUGGGGGAAAACAAAUCACACAAAGAAAAGCUAGAGAUAGAAACAGAGAGAAAGGAAGGAAGGAGGGGAGAAGAGAUAAAGGAUAAGAGAGAUAGAAAGAUGAUUAAGAUCUCAUAUAGGAGAUCGUUGUUGUUCUUACUGUUAUGUCCUUUAUUUUUGUACAAAACUCACAGGUUUCUAAGGAAGGGAACAAGAAAGGGAGCAAGAAAAGGAAGUCUAUUGAGAUGAAGCAUUACUGAAGCUUUUAGAUGAAAAAACAGGAAAAUGUGAAAACACUUUAAAAUCCUUGUAAAGUAAGCAUUGACACCCAUUGGGAAGCUCUUGAAGUUGCAUGCUAAUAUUUAGUUCGAGAGCAAUCAAGUUUCGUGUUUCUUUACCAACAAGAUGCAGUUCAAUAAUAUUAUGUUUGAGUUCUAGCAUAGUUUAGACUUAUUAAUUUUUUUUAAGCCAUU